AAAUUCGCGUUUGAGAUGCGCUCGGCUUAUGCAACAUUCGAAUGUCUUUGGAAAUAUCUAGAUAUUUUUUUCACUCUCCAAUUCUUUUAUGUGCCGAAGCGCGUGAUUGUGGCCAUAAUGUUGUUCAUGAUGUGCCUCAUCAAUUAUAUGAUGCGUGUGAAUCUGUCGAUCAAUAUCAUCGCCAUGGUAACGGAGCGAGAUGAGAAUGGAACACUCGUGGAGCAGCCAGAUUAUGGCGUGCGCUACGACUGGACGCAGCAGGACCAGGCCCUCCUGCUGGGUGGCUAUUUCUAUGGCUACAUGAUCACCUCGUUGCCGGGCGGCACGCUGGCCGAGAUGCUCGGCGGUCGCAAUGUGGCUGGGUACAGUUGCCUGCUGGGCGCUUUGCUAACCGCUCUGACACCCUUGGCCGCCUCCUGGGACAAGUACGCCGUGUUCGCUCUGCGCUUUCUAAUUGGCCUCGUCUCGGGCGUGGUCUAUCCGUGCUGUCACAAUUUGGUCUCGAAGUGGUCGCCGCCUGAUGAGAAGGGAAAGUUCGUGGCCUCGCUGAUGGGCGGCACAUUCGGUACGGUCAUCACGUGGCCCCUGUGCGGCCUCAUCAUCGAGGGUCUGGGCUGGGUGUGGGCCUUCUAUGUGGUCGCUGCCUUUGUGGUCGUCAUAGUGGGCUUGUGGUUCUACCUGGUGAGCGACACGCCCGCCCAGCAUAGCAGCAUCAGCAUCAAGGAGCGGGAGUAUAUUGAGAACAGCCUGGGCGGCACUCUAAGCAAAAAGGCGAAAUGGCCUCCAUAUAGGCAGCUCAUCGUCUCGAUGCCUUUCUGGGCGUUGACUCUGCUGCACUAUGGCAGCAUGUGGGGUCUCUUCUUCCUGAUCACAGCCACGCCCAAGUUCUUAAGCGAGGUGCUUGGCUUCAAUCUCUCCUCGGCUGGCUUCCUGUCCAGCUUGCCGCACAUUGCGCGUCUGCUGGCUGCGUUUGCUUUCGGUUCCGUUGCGGAUUGGAUUCGAAACAAGGGCUGGUGGACUCUGACGUUCACUCGCAAAGUCUUCUGCGUGCCUUCUCACAUCAUGCCCGGAAUUAUGCUCAUCAUAUUGGCAUUCUGCGGUCGCGAUCCUUACGUGUGUGUGGCUAUAAUGACCAUAUCGCUGGGCUUCAAUGGCGCUGCGACCUCCACCAAUUUGGCCAACUCGCAGGAUCUGGCGCCCAACUUUGCGGGCACCAUGUACGGCAUCAUCAAUUGCCUGGGCACCACGCCGGGCAUCUUCUCGCCACUGAUCGUGGCCGCGUUUACUGAAGAGAAGAACACCAUCGAUGAAUGGUUCUGGAUAUUUAUGAUUGGCGCCGCUGCCUACAUUUUGCCUGCCCUAUUUUUCUGGGUGUUCGGCUCGGGGAAGAUACAAAAAUGGAAUGAGGUGCAGACCACCGAGCCUAAGGAGGAUGUUGUCAACACAAAGUUGUAGUUUGUGCCUUGGCAAUCUGCUGUGAUUUCGUAGUAAUCUAUGUGUAUAUAUGCCAUAUUAUGUCGUAUGUACGUUUGUAUUUAUAAGUUAAUGUGCACCUUUGAGGGGUGCACUAAUAGCAAAUCCUAUUAAACUUAAUGCUGGUAUUUAUUACUUUGAA